UAGAAUUGGAGCUACGGAUAAACGAAAGCCGGCGCGAGCGCCCGGCGCGCCGCUUCGCCUUCUGUUCGCACUUCGCUCAUUCGCUUCACGCGCCGGGGUCGGGCGGUCGCGUAUACAAACGAUCAACGCGAUUUUAAACCCUACCCGCAAUUCAAUGUCAAAAAUUUUUAAAAAUAAAAAUACGACUUAUAAAAAUCAGUUACAAAACGAAACCCUCGAAAUUCAAAGUCAAAAACACGCGGACGCUGUGUGACAGUUAUCUUUGGUGCCUGCAAUAAUAAUUAGAAAUACUUAAUAACAUUAUGUUUAUAAAUACAGAAUUAUAAAACAAACAUUACGCAAGUGGGAUUAAUGAAAUAAAUAAAGUGGUAUAUUGUGAACUUCGAAAAUUAAACACGGAAUUUGUGUGAAAGCAAUUAAUGAGUUCUCCGGAAUUAAAAAUGUCAUUGGAACAUCAGUUGCCGGUGUUGAUGAAAAAGACGCAGAUGAGCGGCGAUCGCACCGGGCCUCAGUGCGGUUUGACGUCGCUUCUGCCGAUGUCUUGCCGCGGUCGUGCCGCAGCGUUCGCCCGGGACUUACAUUCACGCCUCCGCAACCUCGGGGCUACACAAGAGGGCGAAUGCGAGAACAGCUGGCUCACGCGCGAAAAUCCGACACACAGACCUACUAGCUCAGCACACUCACAACGUGAACUUGAUACGUUCUAUGACUUUGAACUCGAAUGCGGUAGUCCGUCCAGCCCGGUCGAUGAGUAUGAUGCGCCAUUUCCAGAGAAGCCAGCCGAAGACGCAGAUCCACCUUUUUAUGAUGUCGAUGCAGAUGUCAACCUCAAAGAGCAAAGUAAAUUAACGUUAAAGCAACCAGAUAAAGGAAAAAAUGGAUUUAAGUUUUCCACAGCAUUUUACACGGAAUCGCCAGUAAAGCUCCAACCCACUACAAGGGAAAAUGGUAAUGCUGAUAAACCACUAUAUUCUCCUAUUACAUUUGAAGGCUGCGCUCGACAAAAUAGUUACGAUGAAAUUGAUUGUUUGGUACAGUCCGUUACAACUACAGAUCGGUUAAGUCUUAUUUCACAAUUAAGUUCGACUUUAGAUAGCGAUUCGGAAUUCGAAUCAGCCAAAAGUGAUCCCUCCGAUGCUAUUGAUUAUGUGCCUCACAGUGAAAUUAUUAUAGAAAAUGAUCUGACAGAUGUUGUAGAAAUUUUGUCAAUUACUGAUAGUGAAACUCUCGAUGAUGAAGAAAUUUUGUUAGAUAGUGUGGUAAAACAGACUGAUGAAUGUAGUGAAGAUAUUGUUCUAAACAAUGAUGUAAGCGAUGAGUUAACAAAAAUAGUUACCAGUGAAGUUCCUGUUGAAAAAGAACCGUCGCCUGAACCUGAAAUCGAUCCAAAAUUGCUUAGUACUGAAACAAAAACUGAAGAUGAAGUUGAAGACGACCGACCCCAGCGAGUUCGCAGAUGUUCAUCAUUAAAAACAGGAAAAACUCCACCAGGAACACCAGGAAGAAAGAAAAUAGUCCGCUUUGCUGAUGUACUGGGUCUCGAUUUGGCUGACGUGAAAACUUUUAUGGAUGAGAUACCCGUUAUACCAAAAUCUGCCUACGACGAUCUCACUGGUUGUGAUGUACAAAGUUCUCCGCCAGCUCGACCUACCCCUCGUCUUGGUGCUCUUACCUUGGUUCCUUUAUUCCAACUCCAACGCGAUGUAACGGAAAAGCUUGAAAAACAAAACGUAUGCUUAGAGAGUUCGCGCGUCUGUGACGGUGUUCAUGUAACCAUUUGUGGCUCAGUUCGAGUGCGAAAUUUAGACUUUCACAAAACUGUGCAUAUACGGUAUACAAUGAACCGCUGGAAGACGUACACAGACUUACAGGCGACAUAUGUACAAGGGUCGUGCGACGGAUAUUCAGACCGUUUUCAGUUCGUUUUAUAUGCACCGUGUAUUUCAUCGGGACAAAGAAUGGAAAUCGCGGUGAGAUUCCAAUGUAAAGGCCAGCAAUUCUGGGACAAUAAUAGCGGGGCGAAUUACUGUUUCGAUUGUUUAGCGCUUGGCGCUGCGUCUUCUCCGAAUUCACCAGCUUCACUUCAUCCUACCAUGGACUGGCACCCGUCGUUCUACUGAGUUACCGUUAUCAACUCAGUAGGUGAAGCGUUAAUGUUUCCCGAUGGGGGCAACUGGUGAUCACGAGUGAGGAGUCCGGCAGGUUUCAAUCCGGCUGAGUGAGUGCAUAGCGGCUAGCGGGGCGCCCGUUGCAUUGCUGGUCACAUUCCUGUGCCUGAUUCAACUGCAGCUGCAAUCAGUUCGUUGGCGAGUGAGAGUGGAGUCCUAAAUUAUUGAGGCUUAAAAUUAUAAAACGUUUUGUGAUAUACAAAUAGAGUAGUCGUAGUAUAAAUAAAUACGAGUGAAUCGACUCGUGUAGAGUGCCAUUUGCCGUAACGACUUUUAUGUUUGUCGAAUAUUGUACUAUUAUUAAUUCAUAGUACAUGUCCUUGUGGACAAUAAAGAAGCAAUAGUAGGUACGAGGAGAAUGCGGUGUGCGAGGCGCGUGAGCUAGUCCUCUCUGUUCCUUUGUAAAUAUUUUGAGAGAUAAAUUCUGAAUGAUAUUGAUAUUUUAAUACAAUUUUUUUAUAGAACUACGUCAUAUUGUAUAAAUUUUAUGUCGAAAAUCACCUAGUUAGCAAGAUUUUAUUCACUACGAAAUUAGAUAACGAAAUACCUAUAUUAUUAUAAUUAUUAAAAUAUAUAAUAUAACAGAAUUAGUCUUUGUUAGGUUUUGAUGAAGUUUUACGAAGUGUUAAAGUAAUUUCCUAGAUGUCAAGUUUAAUCAUUAAAUAAACCUACAUAUGUAACAAAGUGGGAAAUAUGUACUGUUCUAUGAUAUGUUACGAACUUGAUACAAUAUUUUCUAUUUUUAUAUUUACAAAUUCAUGACAAAAUAUUCAAAUACUUCCUACAAGAGAAUUUAUAAUAUUUUUUGUUUCGGCUUUUGAUAUUCUAUAAAGAACAAAGACUAAUAGAAAUUAUGGAAUUAAAUUAUUAUUACUUGUAAGAAAUCAGCAAUAUUUAUUAAGGUUUUUAUUUUGUAUGUACCUGAAAUCUUUCAAUGUGGCCAUAUUAAUUAUUAUAACUAUAUUAUGAAAUAACGCAGAAAUGCUAUCGAUUUUUUAUUAUUGUUACUAUUUUGACACCUGUUUUAGCAAUAAACCUACGAAUAAAUGAAUGUGCAUAAUAUAUUUUA